AUGGAGAAAAAGUUAGAGACCAAGUUGAAGCAGUUGAAGCUUGGCGUGGAACGAACUGGAAAUAUCCUAGACUCAGGUAAGCCUGAAAGUAUUAAGCGGCACCUCAUUGCCCUACGUGAAACCGUUCGUGAAACGAACGAACAUAAACGUGCUGUCGAAGCAGAAAAAAUUGAGGCUGACGGAAAUAUUGAAGAUAUUAACGAUUGGAAUCUCCAGAUCGAAGUUAAAAUUGAGCAGGGUGAUGCGGAAAUAAAACGUUUGGAACAAUGGCUUUUCGAUAAGGAACAGUCUGAAAAACACGUAGAGCGAGAGGAGCAGUUUAAAGCAGAAUUAAAAUUGCAUGAAAAACGACUAAAGAUGAAAGCCGAACUCGAACUGUCUCAAACCAAACCGGAAAUACAGGAAUGUUCUGACUUUAAGACUGCAAAAUUACCGAAAUUAGUGAUAUCCAAGUUUGAUGGUUCGUUUAUGGAUUGGCCUAGAUUCUGGGGACAAUUCAGCGAAGCUAUCGACAAAAGUUUGAUUGCCCCUAUUACCAAGUUUACGUAUUUACGAGAGCUACUCGGUCAUAAAGCUAAGCGUUGUGUAGAAACCUUGCCAUUCACGUCAGAAGGGUAUAAUCGUGCCAAGUCGAUUCUCCUUGAUAAGUUUGGGAAGGAAUCGGAGAUUGUGAAUAGCUACGUGAGGGAAAUAUUAGAGUUGCCGUGUAUACACAACGCAAAUCCACGUAAAAUAGCAGAGUUCAGCGAGAAACUGUCCUAUUGCGUCCAAGCGCUUGACACUAUGAAAAAGCUUGAGCAAGUGAGAGGAAAUGUCGCAAUGACACUGGGAAAAUUAGCUGCAAUUAGGGGGGAUUUGGUCCGUACCGAUUCCGAUUGGGAGUCCUGGGGAUUUGCUGAGCUAAACGAAGCUGUGCGUCAAUGGGUUAAACGAAACCCAGCCGUUUCAAGCGAGAAAGAACCGCGCGAGGAACGCAAGAGUGUUUUUCACGCGCGCGAGGACGAAGCGAGGGUAAGAGGCUGUGUUUAUUGCGAGGACGUGGGUCAUAAGGCGACGCAGUGUGAUAAAAUAACGGACACGAGCGAGCGAAAGAAAAUUUUAACUAAAAAGGGUCUGUGUUUUAAUUGUGCUACAAGAAAACAUCGCGCAGCGGAAUGUUCUAGCAAAACGUCAUGUCAGCACUGUAAACAACGUCAUCACUCGUCAAUCUGCCAACAACCGCGCCAAUCGUCCGGAAACAAGGAGAAAUUGAUGACAGACGGUGCAACUGGUGAAGGAAUAUUCCCUGUAGUCGUAGUAAAAGUAAACGGUGUCAUGUGUCGCGCACUAAUUGACUCUGGCGCCGGGGGGUCGUAUGCGUCUGCAAAACUUGUAACGAUGAUUGACGAAAAACCGAGCGAGACGAAAUUACAACGCAUUGACAUGCUAAUGGGAUCAAAGACGACACGUCUGGAAUAUUACGAUACGGAAAUUAGCGCUCUUGAUGGAAGCUACAAAAUGAAUGUCAAAUUAGCUAAAGUGGAAAAACCAGAACUACUCAAUGUAACUAACCCUGGAUACCAGGAACUGAAACGCAAAUACGACCACCUUCGAGACGUUAUUGUCGAUGACCUUGAUACGAAAGGAAACCUGCCCAUUCACCUAGUGUUAGGAAACGGGGAAUACGCGAGAAUUAAAACAAGCACAAAACCUCUUAUUGGCGGCGACUACGAACCAGUGGCAGAAAAGACAAAGUUUGGCUGGUUCAUCAUGAGUCCUGGGGUUGAGUUUGACCGUAAUACGAUGCUCUUAACUCAAACAGCGCACUCAGAUUUCGAGCGUUUAUGCAGGUUAGAUGUUCUCGGGUUGGCUGACACGACGGAAAACGACCAGAGCGUAGUAUACGAGGACUUCAAAGAGCAGCUGACGAGAGACCCCGAAGGUUGGUACGAGACCAACCUGCCAUGGAAAGCCAACCAUCCCAGUCUACCUACGAAUGAAGCGGGCAGUAAACGGCGAUUAACAACUGUGAUAAAGAAACUAACUCGUGAAGGCAACUACGAACGAUAUGACGAUAUCCGAGAACAACUUGACCAAGGCAUCAUAGAACCAGCUCCAGUCGAAGCGAGUGGCAAAGAACACUAUCUACCGCAUAAAGGCGUUGUUAAACAGUCGGCGGAAACCACAAACUACGUAUAG